AUGAAACUUACUUCUUUAUCACAACGGGGACACGUUUGAAUGCUGGGAUCUGAACUGACGAACUGACAGUGAGUGGAUUAUAACUGAAAAGGACUUUGUUUUGGUGAGUUUUGUUAUAAACUAAAAUAAAAUAUCUGAAAAUCAGUGGAAAUGACUGAGAAACUUGCAAUCGUAGAAAAUUUCCUGAGCUGCCACGUGUGUUCAGAGACUUUCAGAGAUCCUGUGUCUCUGAGCUGCGGCCACAGCUUCUGUUCAAGCUGCCUGCAGAAAUUCUGGGAACAAACUAAAAACAAAAACUGUCCCAUUUGUAAAAGAAAAUCUUCAAGGGAUGAAACAUCAAUAAACGUUUCUCUCAAAGAACUCGCUGACUCCUUUGCUAAGAGGCAGAGUGAGAGCUCACCUGAGACAGAAAAAGUAAAGGAGGAUGAGAAGGAGGAGGUGGUGUGUGAUAAACAUCCAGACGUCCCUUACUGGUACUGUGAGGAUGAAGACAGAGCUGUGUGUCCUGUGUGUGAGUUUUCUCUCCACCAGAGUCACAAAGUGGUUCCUGUAGAAGAAGCAGUCAGUGACCUGAAGGAGCAGCUGAAAUCUGACUUAAAGUCUCUGCAGGACAAGAGGAACAAAUACAAACAAGUGGAGGAAACAUACAAUGAAGUGAUUCAACACUCCAAGAAGCAGCUGUUGUCCACAGAGAGGCAGAUCAGAGCAGAGUUCAACAAGCUCCAGCAGUUCCUGAAAGAGGAAGAGGAGUCCAGACUGGCAGCUCUGAGGGAGGAAGAGGAGCAGAAGGGGAGGACUAUCAGCAGAGAGAUGAAGAUGAUUGAGGAGCAGAUCUCCUCUCUGUCAGACAGCAUCUCUGCUGUUGAAGAAGAGCUGCAGAAACACAGCGUGUCAUUCCUCAGCAGUUAUAAAGACACUCAGAGCAGAGCCAGAGCCCAGAGCUCAGUGUCAGAUCCACAGCUGGUCUCAGGAGCACUGAUAGAUGUGGCCAAACACCUGGGCAACCUGUCCUUCAGAGUGUGGGAGAAGUUGAAGGAGAAGGUCCACUUCAGUCCUGUCAUUCUGGACCCAAACACUGCAAACUGCUGUCUUUAUCUGUCUGAUGAUCUGACCAGUGUGAGACACGGAGACACAAAACAGCAGCUUCCUGAUAAUCCAGAGAGAAACACUAAUUAUACCAGUGUUUUUGGCUCUGAGGGCUUCAGCUCAGGGAAACACAGCUGGGAGGUGGAGGUGGGAGACCAUCCUGACUGGAUAGUGGGUUUAGUUAAAGAGUCAGUUGACAGGAAGGGAGAGUGUUUUGCAUCACCAACAUGUGGAAUCUGGUGUUUAACACAUUACAGGGGAAAAUACACUAAUGGUGAUGGUCAGACUGUGACAGUGAAGAAGAGUCUCCAGAGGAUCAGAGUCCAGCUGGACUAUGACAGGGGGGAGGUGUCCUUCUAUGACCCUGAUCUCAAAAUCUGUGACAUGACUCUCUGA